AUGGAGGUCAGAAAUGGUAAUGGUACAUCUUUCUGGUAUGAUAGAUGGUCUCGGUUUGGUACAUUAAUAGAGAUGCUUGGAGAAAGAGGGCCACUGGACUUGGGGAUUCCCACUAGUUACUCUGUUGCGGAGGUUAUGAAAAUGAGGAAAAGAAGAAAUCACAGAGUGGAUAUCCUUAACCAAGUUGAAGAAGAGAUCAGUAAACUUGGGAAUCAACAAGAGGAAGACGUUACUCUCUGGAAACAUGCUGAAGGAAAACAUUUAAAUAAAUUCUCAACGAGCAGAACAUGGGAUCAGAUUAGGAAUGUUCAACCGGGCUGUGCUUGGAGCAAGGGAGUCUGGUUCUCUCAAUCCACUCCAAAAUAUUCUUUCAUGAUGUGGAUUGUACUGAAGGGGAGGUUGCAGACAACAUAUAGAAUGCAGAGAUGGAAUAAUUCUAUAAACACAGAUUGUGUGUUGUGCAAUGAUGGUCCUGAAUCAUGUGCACAUCUCUUUUUCGGAUGUAGCUACUCAGAAAAUGUUUGGAGGAAUUUGGUAGAAGGCCUUAUGCAAGAUACAUUCACCACUGAUUGGAGUAAUUUGGUAAGGAUUGUCUCGAAGCCAUGGCUAACCCCCAUAAAGACAUUCAUUCUCCGAUACACUUUACAAGCUACUAUGCACACAAUUUGGUGGGAGAGGAAUGCGCGAAGGCACGGGGAAGAGCCAAGAGGCAUGGCUAAUCUGAUACAGCUUAUAGAUAAAAAUGUUAGGCUGAAGCUGCUUGCAGUAAGAGGGAAGGGUAGACAUUUUGAAGAAGGGUUGGUUACUUGGUUUGGGACUAGACCAAGCUCGUGA